AGAGAAUCAGGAGACUAGCGGUAAGUGAGUGGUUUGGGCAAAAAUUAUCAUCACCUGUUUCUCGUUCUAGUAAUUGGCGUGGAGAGAGUAUAAAACGCCGGGAGAAACGGAUGCAAGCGAGAGAGAGACGGACUGCUGACCCGAACCGGAAGGAGUGAACCGGAAGUUUGACGGAGUGUCAGAAUAAGAGUCCCCGUUUGGGUGGUUGUGAUUUUCUUUGUUCUUUGUUUAGUUUUGGGUCAAAUAAAUACGUCAAGCAGUCCAGCCGACCCCUUUGUCCUCUUCCUUGCCACACGAACUCACUACACUGGUGGCGAAACCCGGGAAGGAAGAAGGACCGCCGCCACCAUGCAAAGCCCGUCCUCCACGCCGCUUGCGGAUAUCAUCGCUUCCCUCGCGGUCCUGCACCAAGAACAACAUCAGGCCCUGCUGGACCUGAGGACCGAUCAGGAGAGACGAUUCCAGGCCAUCGUUCAGGCCCAGCAGGAGGACCGCGAGAGGUUCCGGAGCUGGAUGGAUCGGGAGGUUCGCGCCGAGGCCGCCGGGCCGCCCGCCGCCCCCAUGCACCUGCCGCUUCACAAGAUGGGGGCCCAGGACGAUCCGGAGGCCUUCCUGGAGCUCUUCGAAAAGUCGGCGGAGGCCUGCGGGUGGCCCCGCGAGCAGUGGCCGGUACGCCUAAUACCCCUGCUCUCCGGUGAGGCCCAGGUGGCCGCGCAACAACUUCCGGUGGCGAACCUCCUGGUCUUUGACGACCUCAAGAGGGCCAUUAUCCAGCGGGUCGGCCGGUCGCCAGAGCAACAUCGCCAGCGCUUCCGGUCCCUGGAUUUGGGCGAGGCCGGCCGGCCCUUCGCGAUGGCCCAACAGCUCCGGGACUCCUGCCGCAAGUGGCUACUGGCCGAGGGAAGUGACGUGGAGCAUGUCGUCGACCUGGUGGUGCUGGAGCAGUUCAUCGCUCGGCUUCCCAAGAAGACGGCCGAGUGGGUCCAGUGCCACCGCCCCACGUCGCUGGACUCGGCCAUCCAUCUGGCGGAGGACCACAUGGUGGCGUGCCCAGGGGUCGGCGCACCCCCACCUGCUAACUCUCUCUCUCCUUCUCUCUCUCCCCCCUCUCUCUCUCGCCCUGUCCCUCUCCCUAGGUCCCGUCCACCCGGCCCUCCUCGUGUCCCGCCCCGGGGGCGGGACAGGAUCGACCAUGGACACUUCGGGAGCCCAAGGGCCCCGCCCAGGGGGGCAGGGAUUGUGCCUGCUGGGGGGGACAGUGCUUCCUUUUCUCCACUCUCUCCGCGCCAAUUCUCCAAUCCACUCCCUGCCACUGGGGCGGCGGGUAGGUCUGGGCUGGCCUGUUGGCGUUGCGGGGACCCGGAGCAUUUCGUGGACAGGUGUCCAGCGAUGGAGGUGGGGACAAUGAUCCGGGUCCCGGAUGUCCCACAGGUCACCCCCGGUCAGGCUGGCGAGUACCAAAUACCCUAAUUGGCGUGGAGAGAGUAUAAAACGCCGGGAGAAACGGAUGCAAGCGAGAGAGAGACGGACUGCUGACCCGAACCGGAAGGAGUGAACCGGAAGUUUGACGGAGUGUCAGAAUAAGAGUCCCCGUUUGGGUGGUUGUGAUUUUCUUUGUUCUUUGUUUAGUUUUGGGUCAAAUAAAUACGUCAAGCAGUCCAGCCGACCCCUUUGUCCUCUUCCUUGCCACACGAACUCACUACAGAUACCAUUUAUUUCCUUGCACUGUGCAACUGAAAUCAGCAUUCAAUUGGCAAACUUUGGGCUUGACCUUUUAAUUCAGAAGGAUUGUAAUGCAACAUAGAUGACAUAUCUGUUGUUGGCUGUGUUUGGAAAAGAUUGUAUAAGGAAUAACUGAAGACAGACUGUUGAAUAACUACACAAAAUAAUACUUGCUUGGUCAAUGUCAUUGUGGGUUUUGGUUCUUUU